GUUGGACUUCGAGCGGUCGGUCUCUGCUUCUGUGUUGACAGGCUUCUCUCAAAACAAGCGCGUGUUAAGUGAUGCUCGGCGCUCAGCCGUCCUGCGCUCAGCCUUAAUUUCAUCAUUGUGACAUGGAACCAGAUGGGGACCUAAAUCCAGACACGGAUGACCUUCCGCUCCGAGCUAACACUAACCACAUUCUUGUCAGACAUUAUGUGCUGGACCUGACAGUUCAUUUUGACAAGAAGGUCAUUAGUGGAAGUAUCGUUCUGUUUUUGGAGCCUUGCUCUGCGGGGGGCACGGAGGCCGAGGAUGACGCCGAGCCCGGAGCCGGUGAUCCUGGGACUAAAUGUCAUGACUUUGGUGCGAUGGAGGAAGCGUCAGCAGAUCUCAGAGACCCUGAAACGAGAAUAGAGGAGAUGUUUGAGUGUGAAUCUCAGACUGGAGGUGACAGCGGUCGGUCUUCACGGUGGUGGCAAAGCACCAGUGUUGGUGAUUUCACUUUAGUACUGGACUGCUGUGACCUGGAUGUGUCAAAGGUGGAAGAGGUGGACAUCUCUUCUGUGUCGGACCAAACGCCAAACGUUGCGUCUGAAAGUCCAGAAUCACCGGCAMCCUUCGUUCAGAACCUUUUCCCUGCAUCCUCUGCACAGUGGAGACAGAAGCAUCACGUCUUCACGCUGUGCAGCCGUGCGCCCGGUGCUACGGGUGGCGGCUCGCUCCAGUUUUAUAGAGACCGCUGGAGUUUGCAGGUGAGGAAGACGGGGGUCAAGACCCCUCAGAAGUUCCCUCGUGUCAUCAGAAUCUCCUACAACACCAGACCUUCCGGAGGCUCUGUGAGGUGGACCAAGGACCAGGACGGCAGGGUGUGUGUUUACACUGCCGGUUCUCCCAUCAACAACCGAGCCCUCUUCCCCUGCCAGGAGCCGCCUGUUGCCAUGUCAACGUGGCAGGCAACAGUACGGGCCCCCAGUGAGUGCGUGGUUCUGAUGAGCGGAGAGGAUCAGGCUGUUCCCGCCGAGGACGGGGACACACAUUUCCUAAUGUGGAGUUUUUAUGUUACAAUGCCCAUGCCUGCGUCCACCUUUGCUUUAGCGGUGGGCUACUGGAGCCAGGUCACAGCAGAAACCCCUCCAGUGCUGGAGAAAGAGGGUGAAGACAGGGCAGACUCUGGCACAUGCACUUCUGGUGAACUGACCGAGUCAGGACUCGGAGGCUCCUCUGGUGAAGUCCUAAAGGGCACCCAGCUUCAGACUGGCAGAGGAGACCAGAACACCAGCGUCGACUCUGCAUUUUGUCACUCUUCCCUCGAGGAUGAGAACCUCUCUGGAGCUGAUUAUUUAAGCAUGGCAGAUGACGGCAUCUCUUGUUCCCAUGGCGACUACCCGUGUCGGUUUGCUGAGCGGUCGGCUCGGUCCCAGCGGGUGAUUCCACACCGUGUGUUUAGCCCCGUCUGCCUGCUCCAGAAGGCCCAGGCGGGAGUCCUCAAGCUGUUGCCCCGAUGUUUGGCUGCAGCCCAUGAUGUCCUCGGGGUUCACCCCUUUCCCCGUCUUGAUGUUCUCAUCGUCCCAGCGGGGUUCUCCAGCCUGGGCAUGGCCAGCCCCCAUAUCAUUUUCCUGUCCCAGAGUGUGUUGUGUCCUGGAAGUACUGGUUUUGGAGUGGGAAGCCUGUCUCUGUGUGGGUCCAGGAUUUGCCAUGAGAUUGCCCACUCUUGGUUCGGCCUGGUGAUUGGAGCCAGAGACUGGACAGAGGAAUGGAUCAGCGAAGGCUUUGCUACCUGCCUGGAGGACAUUAUAUGGGCUCAAGCACAACAACUCUCUUUUGAGGAGAGAACGGAACAAUUUGACCUGAAGGCACUGCUGAGGUGGAGGCGACUUUCUGAUGAGCUGCAGAACUCAAAAGAGGAGCUUCAGGUUCUCAGACCGAACACGGACAAGACKGGUCAGGUCAGUGACUCGGGCUCCUGUAACGUGAAACACGCCCUUAACCCCGACAAAACCUUCAUGCAAGUCCACUACCUCAAGGGCUACUUCCUCCUCAGAUUCUUGGCCAGUCAAGUGGGAGAGCAGCAGCUAAUUGACUUUUUGAGGCUAUUUGUAAAGAAAUACCACGGGCAGCUUGUUUUGUCUCAGGAUUUCCUGCAAAUGUUCCUGGUUAUCUUUUCCCACAUGGAGAGAAAAAGCCUCACCCUCGAGGGUAUUUACACUGACUGGCUUGAUCGACCGGGAAUUCCAAAGUGGCUGCAUGAAAGGAGCGCCGUGUGGUCACAGGCAGGGCUGGCGGAGGAAGUCAAAGCCGAGGUUGUAAAAUGGAUUCUCUUCAGUCGGAGUCACCAGGGGAAGGGCAGAAAGCGGAAGAGACCAGAGCCCAAGGUGAACUACAAAGAGCUGACGUCAGACCAGCUGGUGAUGCUUUUGGAACUUUUGCUGGAAGAAUCGGAGCUAAGUGUGGCAUUAUUGCGUGCUCUGCAAAGAACCUACAGCUUACAGAGACAAGACGCUGAGGUCCGACAUCGCUGGUGUGAGCUGGUGAUAAAGCACGCCUACUCUCAGGCUUAUGGAGCCGUCGAACACUUUCUGGUUAAUGACCAGGCUAUGGGUGUGUAUCUUUAUGGGGAGUUGAUGGUUCAGGAAGACCCCGAGCAGCAGGCUCUAGCUCGUCGCUGCCUCUCAUUGGUCCAGGAGGAAAUGGACCAAUCAGCACGCAGAGUGGUGGAGGAGAUGAUCCUGUGACACUGGAGAUUGUGGACAGGAGUUCGGCACAAAGGCCACCCGAGGGUCCAUCGCUCCAACUCGUCUUUUUUUCUUCGGGGCUCUGCAGACACAGCAGAAGGCUGCGUUCGUCCUCCACAGCCAACUGGAAAGGUUGAGUGCAGUCGAACCAGUAACUACAAGCUGCUCACAAAGACAGCGUUUGUCGAAGGCGUUGUUGUUUGGCAGAAAAGUCCAUCAUUUKACCCAGUUUUUGAUCCGUAAUGGAAAAAAGAGGAUUUCAUAGAUGGAACUUCAGCACCUCGGGUCAUGUUUGUGAAUCUGAGCUGCUGUGUUUAACUUAAUGCUGUUUGUGUCGGUGUGUUUAAGGCUGACUUCAUGUCUGUUCAGUCCAAAAUCAUCAUCUGCUUCACAGGUGUUUAGACUUCAAAUUCUUCCAAGUACAUACAUAUUUUUUAUACAUUUUUAAACUACAAAUGACAACUCUGGUCUGCAGAAAACAGACAACUCUCAGGGUAUUUUUGUGUAAAUUUAGGUUUUUUAUAAAUGUGCAAAAAAAAAAGGAUUAUUUUAAUGUAUCAUUAAAUGUAUUUGUAUGAAAUGCUUGACUUUUCUUUUAGUAACUGGAAUCAAACUGAGUCUCAUUUCUUCUCUAUUAUGCUACUUUCAUGCAUUUUAACAUAAUAUUAUAGAGAUGUGAAGUCAUGAAAAUAAACUGUAAAACAAUAGUGGAAGCUCUGUUUCACUUCUCCAGUGAAGAAAACUAAAACUGUGAUUUUUGUACCAAAUACACAUUGGGAGGAGAUUAUUUCUUAAAUGUAAAUUUUGAAAUAAAUAGUGAAUGAAAAGUGA